AUGGCGUUGAAAGCGGGAUAUGCUAGUCAGGUAGUGAAAUUUGAUGCCAUAAUGGAGUCCAUUAAGCUGGUGGAAAUUGAGGCCAUUAGGAAUAAGAAGAAGGUGACGGGGAAGGAUGGCAAGGAAAAGAAUCAAGAUUAUCUUCCAUACACAUACCUAAUGGGCGAGUCUGUGGAUAUGUGGACCCAGUCACAUGAUGGUGGGAGAUGUUUUGGGGCAAUGACAACCAAUAUAUCAGAGUGCUUCAAUGGUGUACUGAAAGGUGCACGGGGCCUUCCUAUUGCCGCAUUGUUUGAGUUCACUUGGAACAAACUUGUUCAAUAUUUCCACGACCGGCGCAAAGAAUACCAUUUUGAGUUCUCAGAGGGUAAGAAAUGGAGUGAAUAUGCCUUCUCCACGUGGGAUGGAAAUAAGCGUAAAUCUAAGAAACACUAUCUCAAGCCAUUUAGCAAUGAAGAGCUGAUACUUCAAGUAGUUACCCAACUCAACACGAGUAGCGCAGGAGGGGGAAACCAUAGUUAUGAAGUUCGGUUACAGGAAAAAACAUGCAGUUGUGGGAAAUGGCAAAACAUAGGGAUCCCAUGUUCACAUGCAAUUAGAGUAUGUGACUAUUUACAUAUUGAUUCGACCACAUAUAUUCACCCAUGUUAUGGUUUGAACAACGCCCUUAACACUUAUGAGCAUGCAUUUGUGGUUCCAAAGUCGCAGUUGUUGUGGAGGGAUCCCAUAGGGCCAAAGUGGUUGCCUAAUCCAGCAUUGUUACGAGCUAAAGGUCGACCAGUGAAGUCGAGAAUAAGGAAUGAGAUGGAUGGAGUGAGGAAUAAGGAUCGAGAACUGGGAUGGCGGAGGGAGGACGCAGAUUUGAUAGAGAGUCAACCCAAGCAGACAUGUGGACUGUGUCAUGUUUCCGGGCAUAAUCGCAGAAAAUGUCCGCAGUCCCGUGGUGCUUCCACAAGCGGUCAUGUUCCAGAGCAUGCUUCCAUGGAUGAUGUUUUUGUCGUGCGGACCGGCGAUCUUAGGAAAAGUGACUACGUUGUAUCUGCUAUGUGA